AUGUUUCGUGUGAGUAUCUUGUUAGAAAUUGUUAUCUUUAUCCUGGAUGAAUUUGCCUCCCAAAGUUUCAACUCUCGUCCUGUGUACAACACAAAACUACUUGCUAUUGUCAUUUUGCUAGCUAUAUUAUGUUGUGGAGGAUGCCAACAAAUUACACAACCUCCUAAUGCACAUGCUCCUAGUGCACAAAUUAUACAACCUCCUGGUGCACAACCUCCUAGUGCACAAAUUACGCAAUCUCCUAAUGCAAUAGUAGCACAAGAUGGCUCUGGCAACUAUAACACAAUAAUGGCUGCAGUCUUGGCGGCUCCGACUAACAGCAUUGAAAAUUACUACAUUCAAAUAAAAGAAGGAACCUACAAUGAAUGUGUCCAAAUCGAAGAAUGGCAAACGAACAUCGUUCUCAUUGGAGAAGGAAUGGACAAAACCAUAAUAUUGGGAAAUAAGAGCUAUGGAGGGGUGAAUGGCAAAGGCUUCAUGGCGCAAGAUAUCACUUUUCGGAACACAGCUGGAGCUAAUAAUCAAAUGGCAGCAGCUUUAAGGGCAACUGCUGAUCACUGCACCUUCUAUAGGUGCCAAUUUGACGGCUUUCAAGACACCCUAUACUCACACGUUGGCAAGCAGUUCUAUAGGGAAUGUAAAAUCUUGGGCACUAUUGACUUAAUUUGUGGUGAUGCAGCUGCGGUGUUCCAAAAUUGCUUAAUCGAAGCACGUUUGCCACUGCCUGGCCAAUACAAUAUCAUCACGGCGCAACAGAGAAAUGCCGAGAAUAGAACAACAGGAUUCGUGUUGCAAAAUUGCACGUUAAAAUUAGCAACUCCGGACGAGGAUAACGUAACGGUAUAUUUAGGUCGGCCAUGGGAUAAGUUUUCACGUACUGUGGUUAUGCAGAGUUACAUAGAUGUGUUGAUAAAUCCAAGAGGAUGGAUAGAAUUUGAAGGAUUGCCCCUAGUUCGCCCAUUCUAUAUGGAAUACGAAAAUAGAGGACCCGGUGCAAAUACAAAUGGACGUGUGAAGUGGGCAUUAAUCACUAGCGAUCCUAAGAUAGCAUCAAAUUUCACAGUCAGACAUUUUAUAAACGGUAAAGAAUGGAUACCCUCCACAGUCCCACACUACUUAGAUCUCCUUUGA